GAUUUAUAUGUUUACGAAAAAUAAAUAAUAUAUUAAUAUAUAUGUACCAUUUUUAAUAAAUAAUAUUCGUGCUACAAUUAUCUGUGUUCAGUGCUUUAAUAUAUGUUAUUAAGUGUGUUAAGAGGAUACAAAUGAAUAGCCUCCAGUCGUCGAGGAUCAGCGAGGACGACCUCUUCAGCUCCCCCUCCUCAGAUGAAAAGAUGGACACAGCAUCCGAAUCACUACGGUCGACUCAAGACACCCCGAACUCGAUUCUAUCAGAUUCAGAGGAAAGAGACACAGAAGUAUUAAGAUUACAGAAUCCCAAUGUCCUAAAAUUACUUGAAACAGAGAAAUUAGACAAUAAAAUAUCAAUUAAAUCAGAUUUAAAUGAUAGUCUGAUAAAUCGUAUGUCGAAUUUGAGGAUCGAUUCGCCAGUCAGACCUAGGAAUCUAGGUAUCAGUCCCCCUAGGCUUAGUUCAACCCUAACUCUUACCACCAGUCAUCCCCUAAUGACUUUAAGUCCGGAUGAGAACUUCCCAGAUGUAAUACCAAAGAAAGUGCCCAAAAUAGAAGAUGAGAAGGACCUAAGUCUGUCCAGCAUAGAGGAUGAGAGAGGCACCACUAAUGGUUACGAACUGUACACUCCUCUGAGGAACACUUCGAAGAAUAACCUGUACUUUUCUGAUAAUUUCGUGACAGCUGACAGUCAAAUUCUGAGCGAGUCUCUCAAUGCGCCUCCAGAUGUUGCAAGAAUCGAACAGAACGAAAGGCGAAAGAUCAUACCAAGAUACACAGAAAAUCUGACAGAGUUCUCGACUCCUCCGAAGAAUUUUGGUCACAUGCCUGAUGUUGAUUCCAGCGCCGUGAAAUAUGGUGACGAUAGGAGCAAGAUCUCCAGUUACAGCACGCCCAGGAGUCUUGGUUUGAAUGCGAAGAAAACUGAGGAGUUCCAUUCGGUAGCGGAGUGGUGCGAGUCUCCAGCUCACGUCCGGACGAUGCCUAACUUCGAUCUUCCCAUCGAAAUGUCUACUCAAAUUGCUGUUCAUAAUGAUCUAGAAUCCCCAGACGUGAUAUCAUCAUCGACACAAGAAGAUAGGUCAGCCUACCAGGCGUUGCUCGACCCCUACACGGGGUCGGUAGCUUUACGACACACCACGCCAAAGACCAACCCGCCGAGGAGGAAAGUGCAAUUGCCGCCAGAAGUAGAAGACGAUAGAUGCAGCCUGGACAGCGUCAGCGGUUGUUCCAUGGACUCGGAAGACGAGCCUCCCCCCCUCCCCCCACAGCAGCAUGAUACCAGUGAAGAGGACAAUACCAAGAGAUCGAAAUCAACGAACACAGUGAGUGAAUGCAGCGAUCCGAUACCUGAGUACUCCGCCGCUGAGGAGUUCCGGGACGAGAGGUCGUGGCUCACUGUACAGCACAGCGGCGGGCGAUCGGUCUGCGAUAUGAAGGUGAUCGAGCCGUUCAAGCGCGUGGUGUCGCACGGCGGCUACGAGCCCGGCGGCGCCGCGCUCAUCGUGUUCAGCGCCUGCCACCUGCCGGACAACGCGCGCCCCGACUACCGCUACGUCAUGGACAACCUGUUCCUCUACGUGCUGUGGAGCCUGGAGCGGCUGGUGACGGACGAGUACGUGCUGGUGUACCUGCACGGCAGCGCGGGCCGCCGCCGCCUGCCCUCCUUCGCCUGGCUGCACGAGUGCUACAAGCUGCUGGACCGCCGAUUAAGAAAGAGUCUGAAACACUUGUACUUGGUUCAUCCGACGUUCUGGCUGAAGUCUUUUGUGAUCGUCACGAAGCCGUUCGUAAGUUCAAAAUUCUUCCGGAAGCUGACUUAUAUUAAAAGUCUCAAGGAGCUACUAGAAAAGGUGCCCGUCGAACCAAACGCUAUACCGGAAAUAGUGAAACAGUACGACGCGAGUAGGCAAUAG